GUUAUAGGCCGGUCGUUCGGAUGUGUGCUCCUUCAGUGUUUUUUCGACAGUGAUGUAAACAAUUAAACUUGAAUUUUUCUGUGAAUCAACACACUCUCAUAACACAAGUGUUGAUAAGAACAUGUGUUGAAGUUAUUUUUAUACAAGUACCAGUGGAUUUUGGUGGGAUUUUUGUUCGUUAAGGUUGCCAAUAUGGCGGCGGCGUUGCGUUUGCAGCUGCUUCUGGCAAUACUCGUGCCAGCUAUAGCACAACUGGAGAUGAAGUUCACAAAAUACCCGGAGUCUGUGAUAGCACCCCUGGGUGAUCGAGUGACCUUCGAGUGCGAAGUCAACGUGCCCGGCGAGAGGUUCGUCUGGAGAUGGAAACCAGACAGAGAUGAUGAUCAUUGGACGGACGUAGAGGAGGGGGAAAGCAAGAAGAUCAUACCAGGAUUGCCAGGAAGAAGUACUAAGUUGGAGGUUGAAGUUCUAAUGAAUAUGGAAACUACUUGGUAUCAGUGUGUAGUAUGGUAUGGUGCCAUAAGCCUGACUUCCAUCCCCGCUCGGCUGACGGUAGCGAGGCUUAUCAACCAUUCUGACAAGAUCACGGCCGAAGAGAGAGUGAUCAUCGCCCCACUGCAGAAUACCGUUAUCCUGCAUUGUAAGGAGCCAAUGUCGGAGCCACCAGCUGUUCUCACCUGGUGGAAGGAAGGGUCCAGGGGUAAGAGGAAACAGUUGGAAACUCCUCACGGCGUGCUAGUAAUACACAACGCGACAUCUGAUGACAGUGGAACAUACAGCUGCAGGGCCACCAAUGAGCUCAGUGGGGAGGCCCUUGAGAUAGCACAGAGGACGCACUUGAAUGUUCAGCGUGAAGCCAGCAGGGAUGUUAGGUUCCUCGAAACAGAAGACUACGUAGGAGUGAUAGACGAAGAAGACGUGCUAACAAUGCCGGUGAAACCCAACGGCGUGCUGCGUCUGUGGUGCGGAGCCGUCAGUACCCCUCCUCCGAAGAUCUCGUGGAGUUUGGAGGGAGACGGCGAGCUGAGGGCCUAUGAGAAUGAACAUAUGUUGACGAUAUCGCCUUUUACACCGGAACAAGAGGGCGUGUACUCAUGCACGGCCAACGGCAUCCGUCGUUCCUGGAAGGUGAUAGCCUUACAACCACCUCGAUGGGACGGUAACGUCUCCGUUUCAACGCCGAAUGAAGGAGGCAAGGCGCAUGUGACCUGUGGCAACUCCUUUGGACAACCAACCCCUCGUGUGUACUGGGUCUUGAACGCUGAGGUGCUGAAGAAUGAAAAGGGUGUUAAGGCUAAUAAUACGGACCUCUUCAUCGAGCACGUGGAGAAACGCCACGCGGGCAUCGUGCAAUGCUUCGCGUGCAAUGAGCUCGGCUGCGCGUACGGCGCCGGCAUGCUUACUGUAGUGCCGCUGCAGAUUCCAGAUCAGGAUUACCCAGCUGAAGUUCCAAAGACAAGAUACUCGAUUCAACCACCCAAAAGGCAUAACAGGAAAAAUCCUAGAAAACAUAAAGCCGUCAUGAUUCCUCCUUCAAGACCCAACGUUACAAGACUGAAUGAUGAGAGCGUUAUGGUGUCAUGGUCACACGAUAACCAAGGAUUACCCAUAAGAUUUUUCAAGGUACAAUACCGAGAGGUGAGCAACUCAAGCAAUGCUCAGUGGAAUACUGCCAACCAGGACAUCCCGGCGUAUAUACACUCGUAUCAGAUCGAUGGGCUCACUCCCGGCAAAUAUUAUAAAUUUCGCAUCGCAGCCGUAUACUCGAACCAGGACAACAAGCUGGGCAAGUCUAGCGCGCGGUUCCACUUGCAGCGCGGCGGGUUCAAGGCGCCGCGUGCUCCCGUGCUCACGCGGGCGGUUCCUAUGUCGCCUACUACUAUACAGCUGGAUUGGACGUGGACAAGCGGCGGCGAAGUAGAAGCCGAAGGUUUCUACGUAUACUACCGCGCGGUGUCAUCAGCGGGCUCGUACGAGAAGGUGACGACGUCGGGCUCGCCGCGCGCGCUGCUGCUCUCGCACCUCGUGCCCGACACCGGCUAUGACAUCAAGCUGCAGGCUUACACUGCGCAGGCUGCUUCCGAGUUCAGCGCUAUUAAGACAGCAAAAACACUCCGCUCAGCGGGCGCGUCCGGCCCCGGCAGCAGCCCCGCGAGCAGCGCCGCCGGCACCAGCAGCGCGGGCUCGUCGCCCCGCGGCGCGCCCGGCGCGCUGGUGACGGCGGGCGGCGCGCUGGGCGCGGCGGCGCUGCUGCUCGUGCUGGCCACCGCGCUGCUGCUGUGCCGCCGAGCCAGGCGACCCACUACCGAUAAGGAGAAAGGAUCCGUGCCGGAGAGCGGAGGCGCCAACGGGUACAUCCCGGCGAAAGUGCCAAUCACUAUUACGGCCAACCCUAUGCAUUCUGAGGGUGGCGACGCAGGGGUAGAAAUGUCAUUCUUACACAAUAACAACACCGGCAACAACGAUGACACACUACCACACUCAAGGAAAAAUGGCCCAGCACCCCGACAAUACGUGUGAAAAUAGACUCAAUUUCCUAUAAAAUAAGGUUCACAAUUCAAACACGUGUUGCCCCGAUAAACUGCUACCUUAUUGGUAGAAUACAAAAUUUUCGAAGGAGAAAUGUGAUAUCAUUUUUAUCGCCAUAUCGAAGUGUACGGACUUACGACAGUACAAAAUUAUAUUUAUAAUAUUUACUUAGCGUAGGUAUUUGUGAUUAUUUAGUAACAAAUGUUAGGGCACUCAGGAUUUAAGCAAUAUUUUGCUAUGACUGCAAGUUGGUGUAUUUUCACAGCUGAAAUUGGUAAGAUUAUGGGCCUAGACUUAUUUAAAAGACAAGUGUUACGAUUAUUUUAUUUAUUAACGUGUUGAGAACAACUGUGUAGAUCUGAAGCUAGUUGUAAGUAUGUAUUAAUUAAGUAGGCAACGCUUAGCGUGAUGCGCUUCGCUUGUGAAUCUCGGCAGUGUUGCCAGGACAUUGGAAAAUAAAAAAUCGGUAGUAAUGGCAAUGUACUUAAGAUUUGUUAUUGAUUUUGUUAGAAACAAAAUUGUAUAUUGACUAUUUCAGUAAUUUUCUGUUUCAUUAUAUAUUUUAAUUCUUGUACAUUUUUGUUUAUUAUAUUUUUAUUUCUAAGGUUGUGACGGACGGACAGGCAUUUAUGAAAUACGACUGUAAUUGUUUUAUUUAACUUUAUAUAUAACAUCACUUGUAUUGUAGGUGAAAGUUUUUGAAGAGAAAUAUAGGACUGAACUUUUUCUUUUUUAGAAAUUUUCUUUUGUUUAUCAGUAGCUUUUAAGAUAGCUAACAAGUAAACAUUUAUAUCUUGAACAAAAACAAUCAAAACUUCUAUAACUUUCUUCAAAAUCCUUCAUUUAGUUAUCUUGUAGUUAUAACUACGCACUUUAUUAUGAUAAUGAUCUAGUAUUAUAACUUUAUAACGAAAUAGGUACUUUAAGAACGUGUUUUGCCUUUGGAAUAUUAUAACGAACAAAUCUGCUUAAUGUGAAACAAAAACAAGAUAUCACUGCCAAAUGUACCUGUAUUAUUAUGAAACAAAAUAUCUGAAUUUAAAGGUAUUUGUAAUAAUUAACUUUGCAAAAAGCCGAAUCCUUUGUGAUAUAUUUUUUGUUUCGCAUUAAAAUGAAGAGAAUGCAUUCGCUCAUUAUUGCUCGCAAAUAAGACUGAAAAUGUUUUUUAUAGUUUACUCAACUUUUUGGGUGAACCGCGAUAUUAUUAUCGUAGAAUGUAAAGUAAAAAAUAAUUUAAAUUAAGACAAAAAUGUUUAUGAAAUUGUUUCAAAAGCACCCGAGGCUUAGCAGAAAUAAAAAUUAAUGAGUACAGUCACCGCUGUAAAUAUAAAAACAAAAGGUAAAUUAAGUUUGGUAAUUUGAAUUCAAAUGGCCGGCUAAUUUUCAUUUCUGUUAAGAACUGUGUUUGCUGGUCCAUGUUGAUAUCACGAAAUCUGUACGCGACUGUAUUUUUGCGUUCGUUUUUUCAACCCUGUGGGAGACUGACAGCUGUUUGUCAAACUCUAUAAAGACCACUUUAGCACAAGGUGAAACAUUUUAAUAAAAGAAUUAUAAAGCUCACAAAGUUACAAAUAUUGUUAUUCCUAACAAUGUGGCCCGUUUCUUCCUUAUGGUUUCCGUUAUAAAAAGUCAAACUUCCAAACUGUCAAACAUUUCGGCGAGAUUUGGAAACUCCAUAAUUAAUGAUUCGCGACCUCUUUACAGGGAAAUCUUAAUGUGCUUGUAGUUGAUAGGCGAGUCCCUAUCCCUAUUUUAUGCAAAAUUACCAUCUCUUUAAUUACACUUACAAAAUCUUGUGGUAAGUGGUCUUGAGCAACGCUGAUGCCUCUCUUAACCCUCUCACGGAGCUGCGUAAAAAGUAUAAUAUUUAAAUUAAAAGCUUAAAUAAGGCGCAGAACUUCAUAAAUCUUAGGGGCUUUAAUAAAAAUAUACAAUUUAUCAACAUUAAUUUAGAACGAGGUCUGUAGGGUUUGGCGCCAUUAUAAGUGUAACGCGGACGACUAAUUGAUUUAUUAUAGUAACUUUUACAACACUAUGUAUUUGUAAAAAAUAUUAACAAUGCAAUCCAAUAAAAUAAUUUAAAUUAUA